UGCUCGGGGAAAUCGGGACACAGCAAAUCAGCUUGUAGGGAGCGAGGAUUUAAACCCAGACGCUGAAUAUGAAAACUACACCGCAUCGGUCUCCAUUACGAUUAGUCGCCUUUUUUUGUUGAAGCAACGCACAUUUCGAAAUGGCUCUUCGAGUGACCAGAAACCGCCUGGCGUCUACCAGGUCUGACCUCGCUGGAAAGGCCUGCUCGGUGGCCGGGCCCACACUGAAGCCUCGAGCGGUGCUUGGGGAAAUCGGGAACAUCGCAGUUAACAAAGAAGCCCAGAAAAAAAAUGUCAAGACGGAGGCGACCAAGAAGACCAAAGUCGCCACCAAAAUGGAGAAAGCAAUUGAACAACCAAAACCAAAAAAUAUUGUUGCUAUUAAACCUGAGCCCGAGAUUAAACCUGAACCAGAGGUGCAGGUUCUGCCUGAACCAGCAUCCCCCACUCCAAUGGAGACUUCUGGCUGUGAGCCUGCUGACCUCUGUCAAGCAUUUUCCGACGUCAUGCUUCACACCGCUAUCAGGGAUGUGGAUGCGGAUGACUACGACAACCCCAUGCUCUGCAGUGAAUAUGUGAAAGACAUCUACAAGUACCUUCGACAGCUUGAGGCUGACCAGAACGUCAGACCCAACUAUCUGCAGGAUCAGGAGGUGACUGGUAACAUGCGGGCCAUUCUCAUUGACUGGCUAGUGCAAGUGAACCUGAAGUUCCGUCUGCUGCAGGAGACGAUGUACAUGACUGUGGGAAUCAUUGACCGCUUUCUUCAGGACCACCCAGUCCCCAAGAAGCAGCUGCAGCUGGUCGGUGUGACUGCCAUGUUCCUUGCUUCCAAAUACGAGGAGAUGUAUCCCCCGGAGAUCUCGGACUUUGCCUACGUGACUGACAGGGCCUACACCACCGCCCAGAUCAGAGACAUGGAAAUGACAAUCCUCCGGGUGCUCAAGUUCAAACUAGGCCGGCCUCUUCCCCUGCAGUUCCUCAGAAGGGCCUCAAAGAUUUACGAGGUAACAGCUGAGCAACACACCCUGGCAAAAUACCUCCUGGAGCUCACCAUGGUUGACUACGAGAUGGUUCACUUCCCACCUUCCAUGGUGGCAAGUGCUGCUUUGGCCACAACGCUAAAGAUCUUGGAUGCCGGUGAAUGGGAUGUGACGCUGCAGCACUACAUGGACUACACAGCAGAGAGUUUGAUUCCUGUGAUGGCACACAUUGCUAAGAAUGUUGUGAAAGUGAACAAUGGACUGACCAAGCACAUGGCCAUUAAAGGAAAGUACUCUACUUCAAAGCAGAUGAGGAUUGCCACCAUCUCACAGCUCAAGUCUUCAGUGGUGAAGGAUCUUGCAAAGCACCUCACCCAGUGAGGUGACUAAAGUAUUUGGCACCAUGUGCUGACUUGUACAGUUAACUUAAACUUUUAACGUGACUGAAGUAUCAGCACGCUGAGGACCAUGUCAGUGGUUUGCAUGUAACAAUUGAAUCGUGUAGUUUUACCAUUUUUCCAAAGCAUGCUAUAAGUUAAUUUCCUGUUUACGUGACAGCUGGCCAUCAAGACCUCAAAGGCAGCGCAGUCUUAAAAGCAAUUUGCUUUUCAGUGAAGUGAACGAUGUCACCUUAUCAGACAUUUACAUUGCACGAGAUUCAGUCGGCUACCACUGACAACUAAUGCAACCUUAUUCACAAUGUCUGCUUACGCCAUGGCUCAUAAUGCACUACUAACAUUAGCCGACUGAAAUCUUGAACACAAAUAUUCCCCACUCACUGUUGCCAUACAACAUAACUUGACACAAGUCCCAAACUUGUGCCCUAGCAUUGACGUCUCAAAGUUAUUUUGAUAGCUUUACAUAAGUGCUGUAAUCUAAAACCCAUGGCAUGCUUUGCAAGGGUCUAGUGGACAGGUGUUUUUUUUUUUUUUUUUAAAUGGGAGGUUUUUUUUUAAACAGGACUUUUUUCUGUGGCAGUAAAUGUGUAAAAUGUACAGCAAUAAUUGUUUAAUGGUUUUACAUUCUUAAAUGUCUUGUUCUUAAAGCAUCUAUUAAAUGGCUCUGACCAGAAA